AAUUCAGUCUCUGCUCCACGACUUACACGUCCCCGCCCGCACCAGCAUGUCCCCAAACAAAAGGAAACUAACGUCCGGCCUCGCGGAUACCUUCGAGACGAUCAAAGGCUUGCUCAUCACCAUCAAACCUAAGCUGAUCGAUCCCUCCGCGAAACAACCCGGGUGGUCGACUAUACACGCCGAGCUCCUCCACCUGUCUUCGCUUGCGGAAUCAUUCACAAAGCAACGCCCGCGCUCGAACAAGGAAUGGAUCUCAGUCGCUGAUACCUUGGAUCGCGAAGGAGUGUGGCUCUGGAAUGUAGCUGCCUCGAUACCACCGGCACGCGAUGACCACGCCGGACAGAUCACUGCCGCCGGUAAGAGUUUCAUUCUAAUUCAUGAGGUUGUACGACAUGCCCCAUACGGUGAUGCAGCAAAAUUGGCCGGCUUUCGCCUCGUAGAAGCAGGACUUGAACAGAAGCCGUCAGCUGAAACUCUGAUUCACGUUCUACAUCUCGCAAGUAAAGCUGGUGCAAGUCUCUCAGCGUCUGGGAACCAUGAUGCUGCCGGUAGCGUGCUGGGAAGCGCGGCCAAGUACGAAGAUGCCCUAAAGAAUGCCGAGGAUCUCGAGCAUUCCCAAGGACAAGCUCGAGCGCGCGUGGUUCUGCUGUAUUACUCCAGCAGGAUGGAAGCUGCGUGGAGGGAGGGUAAUGACGGCAUCGCAGAUUUUAUGCUGUCGAAGAUCGAUAGCGACCAGCUAAAUUCCGUGAUGCCACGCGACAGGGAAUUACUCGUUGCCAAGAUGCUAGAGAUAGGGAAGUCAGUCCUGAAAGCAGGAUCUCAAGAGGGCAAUCCUGCCGUUCGUGGGGCACGUGGACGUGACGCAGUGAAAUGGUUGCAGAAAGCCUUCACCCUUUCGGAGCCAUUGGAGGCCGCGGACAGCGGCUCAGCACGGCAUUUAAAGAGGUCCAUUUUGCGAAGUCUCGCGCGAGCGUAUUUCCUGUCUUCUUCCGAAGAGCCGGAGAAUCUGGUCCGCGCCGAGGCUUCGCUGAACGAGCUGAUCUCGUCAAUCGACUCUUCUGAGCAUACGUCCGCUGAGUAUCAGCAACUCCGAUGGAUGAGGAUAGCCGUGCUGAAGAAGCGGAAGGCAGGACACGUACUUCUGCUCGAGGCGUUUCAAUCCAUAAUUGAUCAUAUGGCCCCAACUGAUAGCAGCAUUACGGAUAUUCUCCAAGAGCUGAGAGGUCUGGGCGACGAACGCACUCUCGUCGUUGCUGUUCAUCAACGUUGCCUACAACGCGUGUUGGACACCGAAGGCGGUUCUCAUGAAACCCAUCUGGAUCGUGUCAUUUUGUCCCUGCUAUUUCACUGCUCCAAAGGCAUAGACCAUGCCCAGUCCAUGCGAGACAUCUCCGCUGCAUUCAAGGGUACCCUUCGCACAUACCUCAAUCAGACUGACUCUGACUUGGUUGCAGCUCUGACAGAUGCCCGAUUUGAAUUGUCUAAGAUUUCAGCAACCGCUUGUCUUACACUACUCUGGCAAUCUGGCGAUCGACUGUACCAGAACAAGCGCUGGCAGGAGGCAGCCGACUGGUAUCUGGCUGGGACUCACAAGGCUUUGGCUUCAAUUUCCGGAUUGGGCGACUCCAAGUGCCUUCGCAAGGCAGCACUUUGUUACAUACAGCAAGGCGAUUUCUCUCGAGCCUCCGUAACCAUCCGCCGUUGCGCCGGUCAGGAAGCAGCAACGUAUUACAUUAAGCUCCUGAUAGCUGUACGCCAAGGUUUCGAAGACGAAGCAAUUGGCUUGGUUCGAGCGAUGGUGAACGCGAGUGGAUUCGACCGCAAAACCCUGAUGUUAGCCACACAGCUAGCGAACGAAUCGGACAUGAAGAACCUGUUGCUUUCUGUGUUGGAAGCUCUGUUAGAGACUAUGGGAACAAGUGGCGACGCACACAGUGACGCCGAGGCUCUCACGUUGUCGCGAUGCAUAAUUAGGCUUAUCUUGAAGCUCAUGGGAGAGCCCGGCUCGAAUCGAUCACCCUGGGUACGGGUACUCAUCGGGCAUUUUCGAACAGCUAUACUGCUCAUCAAAAAGCUGGGAGAGUCUGCCAGCCUUGCACUGGUUACGAGAGACAUCUCGUGGCUAUGGCGCGCCGCCUACAAUUGCGCGAUUCAAGGAUGCUCCGAGUGGGAGCACGCUGAAGCCAGUGUGUCUGACAUAUUUGAUAUCGCGAGGCAGCUCCUAGAGUCAUACCGCGACGCCUCGCUCACGGAGACGGGUGUGGAGAUCUACCUUCACAUUAUUGACGCCUCGUUUGCUACGGUGGCGGGAAGAGUUUUCGAACUUCGGAAGCAGUUAUCUAACGGGCAUCAAAUCGAGAUCCGUAAAGAGGAGUCCUUGCGAUCCUUGCUUCUGGACAUCACUUCUUGCAGGGAGCGGAUACGUGCGGUGACGGACUCCGCAAAACUGCUGGACGCUGAAGACAUCUCCCGCUCGCAAUCCUACGUGCAUGUUCUGCGCGUCUUCGAGGUCGAGAUGCUCUGUCAUUUGAGAGAUUGGGAACAACUUCUACAGGUCAUCAAUGAGACAAUUCAAUCAAAGCCAGGCGCGAUGGAUACAUACGAAGCUAUUACAGAUGUCCUCUGGGUAGAGAAGGACUGUCCGGUCAACGUGCUCUUCACUGCAUUGGAGGCUAUCCUCCAUGCAAGCCUCGACCGCGGCUCUCUAUCGAUAGAGAAAUUCUCGAGAUGGCUACGUGCGAUAUGUACAAUGCUUCUCUCCCGCAAUACAGCCGAGGACAGAACCAAAGCCAUCGGAUACGUCGAACAAGCUGUUAAUGUUCUCGAAGAUCACACAGACGGCGAUGCACAGGCUUAUCCGAUUGACGAGCGGCAGUGGUUGCUCGGGACCUCAUACAAUACAGGAAUCGAGUGUUUACAGCGCGUGCCGUUCGCAUUGGAUAUAUGCUUGGUUGCUCACUGCUCUGAUAGUGCGUCAUUACUGGACGAGGCGAAGAGAUGGUUCGAGGCCUCCACCACUAUCUGUCGGUUCGUGCCGGAUGGGGAAAGUCGAGCAAACAAGAUUUCGGAGACGUACACGCGUCUAUUGGAACGAUAUGCAACUUAUUCUGCGGCUUGACCCACGAAGACGUGACUUUUCCAUUUUGUCUAUUAGAUGCCUCCAUGGUCCACCGUCAUGUUGUAUGUCUGCUGAUGCUCACGGGGACGGACCAGAGGCUUUGCCUGGAUGUAUUGCUGUGCCUGCUAUGUGUCAUAUAUGUAAAUCUAUCAUGCAUUGUUCCAC